GCCCUCGCCGUGCCCAUCGGUAUACGAACUGCCGGGUCCGCCCUAUUUAUAUAUCCCUCAUAGCCGGAGGCCGGAGUGACGGACGCGGCCCGCCCGCCUGGACGCUCGUCGCGCCCCGCCCGGGCAAAAAAAGUCGAGUCGUUCGCCGUUGACGGCGAUUUAUCAGCAACAUCAUGACGACCGCGCCAUCACCACGCGCCGUCAGACGCAAUCUCUCCCUUCCGCUGCUCUCUUUCUCUCAUCCCCCACACUCCCCGUCCUGCGCUGAUCGGACGCGUCAACCACCACGCUCGACCUUCAAUUUCCCCCGAGCACGUCCACCCGCUGACCUGCCCCACCCGUAUCUCGAGCCUGCCUCCCCCAGCUUGACUGACGUUGGACAAGCGCGGGGUUGCCUCGCUCGACGCCAGCCAUGGGCCUGCUAGCACUGGGCACUCCGCUUGACUGGCCCGACGCGCAAAAAGUCGCCGGCCAGGUCCGUGAAUGGGGCAUUGAGCAACUGUUGGCCAUCUGGAGAAGGGCCAAGGGCAAGGAGCGCGACGCUCUCCUGUGGGGUGACGAGAUUGAGUAUCUCGUCGUCGCGUAUGAUGAGGAGAACAAAAAGGUCCGGCUCUCGCUGCGUCAGGCCGACAUCCUCACUGCUUUGGCGACCGACGAGAAGCUCCUCAAGGAGGGCGGCGGAGUGCCGGACCUGCAAUGCGGGGAUACCAAGAAGGACGAUGUUGCGCCCGUCUUCCAUCCCGAGUUUGGCCGGUUCAUGCUCGAGGCCACUCCCGGUAAGCCGUGGGGGAUUGGCUUCAAGGACCUCCUCGAUGUCGAGUACAACAUGAAACGGAGACGCGUCAUUGCCAAAGAGCACAUGGAGCCCAACGAAUAUCCGAUCACACUGACCACUUUCCCACGUCUCGGAUCUCCCGACUGCAUCACUCCGUACUAUCCUCCCUCUGGAGAAAAACUGCGCUCGCAGUUCCUUCCCGAUGAAAUCGCGAACCCGCACAUUCGUUUUCCGACCCUUGCAGCCAACAUAAGAUCAAGGAGGGGAAGGAAGGUCGAGGUCAAUGUGCCGGUUUUUAGAGAUGAGCGCACGGCAUGGCCUUUUUGGGACCCUACGGUCAACUACGACCUUCACAAUUGGCCAGAGGACGACGACGUCCGAAAUGGUGCUACCAAAGAGAACCACAUCUACAUGGAUGCCAUGGCUUUUGGAAUGGGCAGUUGCUGUCUGCAGAUUACGUUCCAGGCCAAGAACAUUGAGGAGGGACGGAAGAUGUACGAUCAGUUGAGCCCACUUGGUCCGAUCUUGCUCGCUCUGACCGCUGCCACGCCAAUCUACAAGGGCUUCUUAGCCGACACUGACGUGAGAUGGAACCAAAUCAGCAGAGCUGUUGAUGAUCGUACCCCCGAAGAGCUUGGCGAGAAGCCUCUGCGGACAGACCGUUGGCGGAUUCCGAAGUCCAGAUAUGCAUCGAACUCGACGUACAUCUCGCAGGACCCGCGCCUACGCAAGGAAUAUAUGGACCCGGACCUUGUCACUGACCCGGCGUUGAAGCAGAAGCUAAUCGAUGGUGGGAUGGACGAGAUUCUGGCCACGCACUUUGCGCAUCUCUUCAUCCGCGACCCUAUAGUCGUCUUCAACGAAGACCUGGAACAUCUGGACCUCGACAAGGUGGACCACUUUGAGAACCUGCAGUCAACGAACUGGCAGCACAUGCGGUUCAAGCCGCCCCCACCGGGCAACGACACGGGCUGGCGAGUCGAGUUCCGGCCCAUGGAGAUCCAGCUGACCGACUUCGAGAACGCGGCCUUCAGCGUCUUCAUUGUGCUGAUCACGCGGGCGAUCCUGAGCUUCGAUCUCAACUUCUACAUCCCGAUCGCCAAGGUGACGGAGAACAUGGAGACGGCGCACGCGCGCGACGCAGUCAACGCGCGCAAGUUCCACUUCCGCAAGGACCCGUUCUCGCCGAGGGCGGGGGCCGCGGGCAACAACAACGGAACGCGCGGCUCGGGCUCGGCGACGCCGAACACGACGGCGUCGCGCGGCGGCAGCCCGGCGCCCCCGGCGCUUGGCCCCGUCGAAGACGAGUUCUGCCUCAUGAGCGUGGCCGAGAUCAUCAAUGGCCAGCCGGGCGCGACGGGCUUCCCGGGUCUGAUCCCCCUAGUAGAGUCGUAUCUUGACAGCAUGAACGUCGAUGUCGAGACGCGCUGCGAGCUCGCGCGCUACUUGGACUUGAUUCGGCGGAGGGCGGAUGGAAGGCUCUGGACCGCUGCGAAGUGGAUCAGGCAUUUUGUCGCGGAGCAUCCGGCGUAUCAGAAGGAUAGCGUUGUUGGCGAUGACCUACAGUUUGACCUUGUGAAGAAGGUGGAGGAGAUUACGAGGGCUGAGGGGCCUGGGCUGGCGGAAGUGGCGCGGGAGAUGUUUGUGGCUGGGAGGUAGAGGGCAAGGUGUUGGUUUGUUGGGUGAUUGUUGGCUAGUGCCGGUUGAGUCGGUGCGUGGGGGUUGUUGGUUGGUUAUUAAGAUGACGUGUUGGUGUUGGUGUGUGAGGUGAUGGUUAGUUAGAUGAUGGGUACCUACUGUAGAAGGUUAGGAAGGAGUAGGCGAGCGAGAGGUCAGAGCGCGCGAUUGAUGGGC